AUACAUAUUAUAAGAUUUUAUCAUGGAAGAAGAAAAAGUAUGAGAGUUAUAACAAACUUUCGCUGAAACUUCAUGUAAAUCUUUAACUUAUCAACAAACCCCAUCAAUAUUUAAUAUAUGCUUUAAAGGAAGAAAAAAACGUACACACUAUUCAAUUUCUCUUCAAUUAUUUUUGUGACACUCAAAGUUGAUGAAAGAACACAAAGAUCACGUCGUGGUGAUCACCUACGGACCAUCCUCGGAGGGUUCAGCGACGGCUUCGCCAUUCUCUCACCAGGCCCCGUCAGUUCCGACGCCGUCUUCAUUGGCAUACUCAGUAACGCCGCCAGCAUCGAGGUUCAGCUCCCGGCGACCGUCGGUUCAUGUUACUGGUUUGGUUCUCCGGUUUAUAAGUUUGGUUCUAUGUUUUGUCUCUGCUCUUUCACUGGCAGUGAAUGUUCAUCGGCCUUCGCAGAGACAUAGGUCUCAGAGCUCCUCGAGUUUCGCUUCAUAUCCUGAACUAUUAAACAAUAUAUGUAGGUAUUGUUUUGGUGUAGCAGUGACAGGACUCGUUUAUACAUCUCUGCAAACAUUCAAAGGAGUUUGUGAUAUUACUCACAGAGGAGUUCUAAUCUCUGAGUCUAUCUCGGAUUACAUCAGCUUCAUUCUGGAUCAGGUUAUAUGUUAUCUACUAGUAUCAUCUUCUUCCGUGACAAUUGCGUGGAUCCAACAUGCAAACGGCGAUGCGAUCAAAACACUUCAAAGUAAUUCCAUCGUUUCAGCUUCAAUGGCUUUCUCUGCUUUUUUUGUUUUGGCACUCUCGAGCCUCUUGUCUGGGUAUAAGCUUUGUAAGAGAUUUAUGUGGUAACUAUGUAAAGGGUUUUUAUAUUCAAAAUACUGUUUAAUCUAAACAAGUAAUGACCA